UAUAAGAACGUCAUGCCGUGUACGACUUGAGGCCAAAUACAUCAUGGUCUCGAAUGCGAACGCAUAGAUUUCACCAUAGAUGCUUGAAUUUUGGCGUAGAAUGGGUGUGCUUAAUGUGGCAAGGGCAGUCGCCAUUUGAGGCGGUUGUGCUUAGUCAGCAGGAUUUUUGGUGAGUCUUGCGUGAUGUUCCGUUUGCUUCACGCGAGCUUUGCUGGACUCGCCACUUUGCGCACAAGUCUUAUCACCUCUAUGGUCCUCCUUUCCACCCAACAUAUAACUACUCCUCUUCCCCAUCAUCCGGGGUAGCUCUACUUCCUUUCUUUCGUGUUCUUGUGUCUCAAAAUGUCAACUCCUUCUUCAUCAGCGCCAUCUGUGCCUUCUUCGUCCUAUGUCUGCGAUACCCUUCCUGCUCCUCGUCUGGUCGGCUCAUCAUCCAGAUUAUCAAGUCUCCCACCGCUGCCUACACCACCUAUUACCGCGUUUCAUGCACCCAUUGUCCCUGAUGUCUCGUUAAAAGUGGAUGAUAAGCCUCGGGAACAGGUCCAGAAGGUAUUUAUGCCCCCUCAGGGUUCAUCGCAACCACCAGCGAGGAAGUUGUGUGUCAGACAUCAGAGGAUGGCAGAUGAGGGCACGAACCUGAAGCUUCAGCAAGCUUUAGAUGCUCUCCCAGUCGAGGAGCGAGAGGCAGUGAAUACCAUUUGGACAAACUUUUCGUCUUCCCCUCACCCUCGUCGAGCACUCAUCCUUCAAGGUCUUCUCACCAUGUGCUGCUUCUCCCAACUUUCCCUCCUCACAGAGCAACUCUCACAGCUGAUCCGUAUCGAUCCUUUCACCGUCCUUCCUCGAGAGGUGUCCCUGAAGAUUCUCGGCUAUCUCGAUGCGACUUCCUUGUGUCGUGCCGCCCAGGUCAGCAGGCAAUGGAAAAGUUUAGCCGACGAUGACAUCCUCUGGCGAGGGAUCUGCGAACAACACAUCGGGCAAAAGUGUUUGAAGUGUGGUUGGGGUUUGCCUAUCUUAGAGAAACGACGUGCUAUUCACUUACAGCCCACUUCACCAUGUCCAUCGCCGUCUCACGAUGUUCCUCCACUCCCUCACAACAAACGUGAUCUAGACUUGGAUCACAGUCAUCCCGAACCUCCCGCCAAGCGUCAACGAGUAGAUGCCGGUCCUUCAGAUCGCUCACCUCGUUCACCUAUGCCUUCAUCAUCACAACUAGCCCUUAUUUCCACACGGACUUCCACUCCGAACCCACUUGUUCCUCCUAGUCAUGCUCCAGCAACUGAUACCGUCACCCGACCGUGGAAAGACGUUUAUUGCGAGCGUUUGACUAUCGAACGGAACUGGCGUCGAGGCCGAUGUGUCGUCCAAACGCUCAAAGGGCAUACCGAUGGCGUGAUGUGCCUGCAGUUUAGCGAAACCUUGUCUCAUCCCGCUUUCCCUAUCCUCAUCACCGGCUCGUAUGAUCGCACUGCACGUGUGUGGAACCUCGAGACUGGAAGAGAACUCCACUGUCUCACUGGCCACACGCGUGCAGUAAGGGCUUUGCAGUUCGACGAGGCGAAAUUGAUUACGGGGAGUAUGGAUCACACCAUGCGAGUAUGGGAUUGGCGAACGGGCAAGUGUCUUCGGACCCUUGAGGGUCACACCGAAGGAGUCGUUUGCCUCAACUUUGACUCCAACGUCCUUGCCAGUGGUAGCGUCGACAGUACUGUCAAGGUCUGGAACUUCCGUACAGGAGAGUGUUUCACUCUUCGCGGUCAUCGUGAUUGGGUGAAUGCUGUCCAACUUUGGGACUCCGGGAACACAAAUCUCCGUGGUGGCUCACCAUGUCCAGACGCUCGACCUAGCUCGCCUUACAAUGGUUCUAUGUCGCACAUCGAUCCUGGCAAGAUGCUAUUUUCCGCUUCGGAUGACGGUACGAUUCGACUGUGGGAUCUAACACAGAGGGCGUGUGUAAAGCAGUUUACGGGUCAUGUUGGACAGGUGCAGAGUUUGAAAUUGCUACUCGCUGAUCAAGGUUGUGAUGAUUCGGGCUCGGACGAGUCGACGACGUCUCAAUCCCAAGAGAUCGAUUCACAGGCCAAUAACCGACCAGCUCAAUCUUCAUCGUCUUCCAACCCGCCCGCGUUCAGACCAUCAGCCGUUCUCAACGCACCCGAUUCUGUGCCGAAUGACGUGCCUACAGGCGCUUUCAUUCAUACCCUCGAAGAUUCAGACUCGUCUGCAAAGGGCAAGGAGAAAGCCGUAGACGCCGAUCGGUCCCCCGCAGCUGGAAUCCGAAAACCUCGGAAACCUGUCCUUAUCUCUGGUAGCUUGGACAACACGAUCAAGGUCUGGGAUAUCGACAGCGGCAAAGCUGUCAGGACGCUUUUCGGUCAUAUCGAAGGUGUCUGGGCUGUCGCAAGUGACAAUCUUCGUUUGGUCAGUGGUAGUCAUGAUCGGACUAUAAAGGUGUGGAACCGUGAGGAAGGUCGUUGUACGGCUACGCUUGUUGGUCACCGAGGUGCUGUCACCUGCCUUGCGCUUGGCGAAGACAAGAUCGUGUCUGGUUCAGAUGAUGGGGACGUGCGAUUGUGGAGCUUCAGUGGGUGAAGUACCUCUCCAGUCGCCGCUGAGCCGCGGCUUGUUUUACUUCUUCUGUUUUUUAUUGUUGGGUUGUGUGAGGUUUUGAUGUACUUUAUUUCGGUUGAUUAUUAGUACAUUUUGUAUUACUUGUGUUGAAUCCUCCUAUCUUACAAUCUCAUUCGAGACCUCGGUCUGUCCUUUGUGUUACCAUGAUACUUAUCUAUGAUACUUAGCUACGCCUUCGCUAGACCAAUUUUCAACAAUAGAUGAUUGUGAUUCUGAAUCGGUGCGUAUAGCUCAUUUUAUUUUAUAUAGGCGAACAUUGUUGCCGCGAACCACUAUAUAGUUUUUUUUCCCUCUC